AUUAAUAGUGCCAUAAAAAAAAAAAAGAGUGGUAUAUAAACCACAUGUAAUGGGACGAAUGAUCAAAGGGGAGUGUGCAAAGAUGGACUCAACAAGCUUUGUCAACAUCACUCCUUACACACUCAUCUUCCACCUUUGCCUUGCUCUUUGUUUCAUCUCCAGCUCCCACUCGGCCACUAAACUCAGCCCCGACUCCGACAAGGAAGCUCUGCUUAGACUGAAGAGCGACAUAUCUCAGGACCCAUUUGGAGCGUUGAGUCGAUGGAACCAUUCUGCCCAUUUAUGCAGCUGGGACGGCGUGCUCUGCGGCCGCCGACAUGGGAGGGUCAUUGCAAUCGACCUCGAAGCCCGAAACUUGACAGGAACAAUAUCGCCUUACAUUGGGAACUUGUCCUUCCUAAGAAGCAUCAAUCUCAGGAACAACUUCUUCCACGCCGAAAUUCCCCGAGAAAUUGGUAGACUGUUUCGGCUCCAAUCUUUGGGGUUAACUCUGAACCUCCUGCAGGGGAAUAUCCCGGUCGAACUAGGUAACUGCUCUAGACUCAUAAUCCUCGACUUGGUCGUCAACAACCUCGAAGGUACCAUCCCCGAAGAGAUCGGUAGGCUCUUGAGGCUAAGGGGACUGGGCCUGGCUGUGAACAACCUUACUGGUGUAAUCCCCAGAUCAUUCUCAAACCUGACAUCUCUGAAGCAGCUAUCCCUGUCAGAGAACACCCUCAGUGGGGAUAUACCCAGUGACCUCGGCAACCUAAAGAAGCUUGAAAUGUUCCAAGUCGCAGCAAACCGGUUCCUGACAGGCACAAUCCCUCCCCAGCUUUUCAAUAUCUCCUCCAUGGACUACUUCUCCGUCUCCCAGAACCAACUUUUGGGGGAAAUCCCGCAGGAUAUCGGGUUCUCUCUCCCGAAUGUCCGGAUGCUCCUCCUUGGCGGUAACAAGUUCACCGGUCGUAUCCCAGUGUCAAUAGCCAAUGCUACGAAGCUUGAGUGGCUGUUUGUGAGUAAUAGCAAUCUUGCAGGCUCAGUGCCAACCAAUUUGGGGAACUUGAAGAAUCUCGUGAAAUUAAAUCUUGGGAUGAAUAAUCUAGGAACUGGAAACAGAACCGACCUCGACUUUCUGUAUUCGUUAGUGAACUGUACGAGUCUAGAGGUUCUUGCCUUCAAUAACAACAGUCUAAGCGGUGUUUUGCCUGGCCAUAUAAUAGCUAACCUUUCGAUCCAACUUAACUAUUUGCUCAUGGGAGGAAAUAGGAUAUUGGGCCAAAUCCCGAGCGAGAUCAGCAAGCUCGAGAAUUUGUUGAUGAUUGGGAUGGAGAAAAACUUGUUCACAGGGAGCAUUCCUAGUUCUAUUGGGUACCUGAAACAUUUACAAGUUUUGUCAAUAUUCGGGAACAGGUUCUCUGGGAAAAUUCCAGAGUCUCUUGGGAAUUUGAGUUCUCUUAUAGAGCUCGGUCUAGACGAGAACGAUCUUCAGGGAAGCAUACCUUCAAGCUUAGGGGACUGUUUGCACUUGCAGAGGCUCAGCCUAUCUCAAAACAGCCUCUCUGGGUCCAUUCCUAGACAGAUCAUCGGCCUUUCUUCAUUGUCCGAUUGGCUGGAUCUAUCCGUAAACAAAUUAACUGGUCCAAUUCCCAUUGAAAUCGGGAAUCUCAGAAACUUAAGACUCCUAGACUUGUCAGACAAUGACUUAUCAGGUGAGAUCCCAAGUUCGAUAGAGAGUUGUGAUAGCCUGGAGGUCUUGUAUCUAAGUAGGAAUUCCUUUCAGGGUUCUAUCCCUUCCUCAUUAAAGUACAUCAAGGGCAUUCAAGAAAUCGAUCUCUCUCAGAACAACUUCACGGGAAGAAUCCCGGACUUUUUGGGCUCCUUGCGCUUCUUAAGAGUAUUAAACAUCUCUUUCAAUAAUCUUGAGGGUGAAGUCCCCAACGAAGGGAUUUUCAGGAAUGCAAGCGAGAUCUCACUUUCUGGGAAUGACAAGCUUUGCGGAGGAAAUCCAAGAAUGGGUUUACAUCGUUGCCAAUCGGCAAGCCAUUCGAAGAAACUAUGGCAGCGUUUACAUUUCAGGAUAAUAAUCAUAACCCUUUGCAUUGUUGCUUCCUUGGCCUCUCUAGCUUUCAUUCUCAUUUUCACCAAGAGAAAGAAGGCAAAGCAAACGACAGUGGAAAGUCCUUCCUUGGAGGACAGGUUACAGAAGAUUUCUUAUUUGGAACUGUUCCAAAUAACAGAUGGGUUCUCCUCGGACAAUCUCAUUGGUACUGGGAGUUAUGGUUCUGUGUAUAAAGGCUGCCUGGGCCCUGAAAAUGCCCUUGUAGCCGUGAAAGUCCUCGAUCUUCAGCAGAAGGGGGCCACGAAGAGCUUUAUAGCUGAAUGCGAAGCUUUAAGGAACAUUCGUCACCGGAAUCUCGUCAAAGUUAUCACUUGUUGCUCAAGCAUUGAUUCUGCGAGGAAUGACUUCAAGGCGCUGGUAUAUGAGUUCAUGCCCAAUAGUAGCCUUGAGAAGUGGUUGCAUGGAAGUGGCGCCAGAAAUUUGAAUUUCCGAGAGAGGCUUAGGAUUACAGUCGAUGUAGCUCAUGCAUUGGAUUAUCUUCACAACCACGUGUAUCCUCCAGUGGUUCACUGUGAUCUAAAGCCAAGCAAUAUUCUUCUCGAUGAGGAAAUGGUGGCUCGAGUUGGGGACUUUGGUUUGGCAAAGCUCCUCUAUGACAGGAACAUGGAGGUGAUCCAAUCGAGCUUGAGCACUAAUGCCUUUAGGGGAACAAUCGGAUACGUGGCUCCAGAAUAUGGACUUGCUGGCGAGGUCUCAACAUGGGGAGACAUGUACAGCUUUGGGAUCCUGUUGCUCGAGAUGUUCACUGGGAAGAGACCAACGGCUGAGAUGUUCACAGAAGACCUGAGCCUCCACAGCUUCGUAGAGAGGGCAAUUCCAGAGAGAGUGGCCGAGGUGACUGACCCAGUCCUCCUUGAGGAAGUGCUCGAGAAUCACCAAGAGAACGGCAGGGAAAAUUCUCAGUGGAGAUCUCAGAGCAAAUAUGAAGAAGCACUGAUUAUGGUGUUCAAGAUCGGCGUCUUGUGUUAUAAGGAAUUGCCCGGGGAGAGGAUGGACAUGAAGGAAGCUGUAGUGAAGCUGCAGUCAGUUAGGGAUAUGAUUGGUGGCAAUUUAUUGCAAUAAAUAGAAUAUGGCUUUUCUACUUGGAAUAGAUUUCAUCAGUUGCCAGGAGAGAAGUAAACUGUAAUAAAAUUAUUAGGAAUAUUCCUAAUACAAAUAGAAUGAUUGUUGCCAUCGGUCUUUCCGAACUUAGCAUUACUUGUAUAUGUAUCAGCAUGGACACAAGUUUAUUUCAGGAUGAAAAUAUGGUGAAAUUCAGUUCAAUGA